UAACAACAAUCAACAUGAGUAACAAAACAGGAAUAAGUGUUGCUUGUAGCAAUAAGUCUACUAAUCAGCCCAACAAUCAACCUCUUGUUGAUAUUGAUAACAGUAAUGUUAUUAAGAUAACUGGCGAUAACUACGAUCAGAUUAUUGAAUCCAAAGAAUUGGUUCUUCUUCUAUUUUAUACGGAUUGUCACUGUUUAUGCUGUUAUUCACGAGAUGUAAUUCCAAUAUUUAAAGAAGUUGCAACUUUAAUUUCAAAAAAGUAUCCUAACGUGGUUUUAGGUAGAAUUAAUUGUGAUGAACAACCUAAAUUAGCAAAUAAUCGAGAAAAGUUUAUUGUUGGCUUUCAUCCCACCAUCAAAAUUGUUCAAAAUGGAAAAGUAAAACAUAGUUAUUUUAAAGGCGAACGUAAUAUUGAAAAUUUUGUGCGACUAAUUGAAGAAUGCAUUAAAAAUCCAGAAUUUGAUUUGCUGGACACACUCUCUUGGAUAAAGUAGAUAAAGAUAACAAUUUAUUGAUAUUUGAUAUUUUUAUUAUUUUUUAUUCGUGAUAUGAGAACUGUGAUUAUGGCAAUAUGAAUGCA